AUGCCAAAAGGCAAAGCCAAGAGGCGUAACCCGCUACCGUACCACGGCUCUGCAGAGCCGUACGAGACUCACCAAGGCUCAUCACACAGACGUGGCGGUACGCACAAAGUACGCGAUGAGAACAAGACUGACUCCGUCUACGACAACUUGAACUACAAAGAGCUAGUCGAAACAGCAAAGGAGCGCAGUAUCUACCGCAAGGAUAUGAAGAAGGUAGAGAUGGCUUGGGCCUUGAAACACGACGACGAGAAUCGAAAGCGUGCUGAACAGGACGCCCGUAUUGCUCGGCAAAGGAAGCUGGAGGAGGCAAAGAAGGAAGAGGAGAGAAAGGCUGCGGAGAAGAAGGCCCAGCUCAUUGCUAAGCAAAAGAAAAGAAGAGAGAAAGAGGAGAGGAGAGAGCGCGACGAAAGCGUCAGUGACGACACUGUGAGUGAUCCCGACACUGAAGACGGUGAAGACGCAGGGAACGAGUACAACCGCGAGAGAUUCGGUGAGGCGCUCAGUGAGGAGUCAUGGGAUAGCAGUUCUUCAGAGUCUAGUGCUGCACCAGUAGACCUGAUCUACGAGCCUGGAUGCAGACUCCGCCUCUCCGAAUGGCCCAACCAGACCAUGCCAUCCGUCAAACCCGGGGGUUGGGAUUACAAAAGAUGGUGCCCGCUGCCCUUGCCCUGUCCCGUUCCUUAUGCACCUCUGAAGAUUACUACGAUGUACAGCAAGCAAAAGCUCAUAUUGCCAGGAGCGAAGUACCCGCCAAACGUCACCCCAGACUUCGUCCCCAUCCUUAACCCCUUGGUCCGAUCCGCAGCGCGUAACGGCCAUCUCCUUGGCCCGCUCCGCAAAGCCGUUGUCGAGAGAGGUACGGAUUGGGCUCAACGCACGCUCAUUCAGGGCUGCAACGGCCACAUGUACUUUCACCUUGGCUCUCGAAACGAAACGAAAGUCCUGGCCGAUACAUACAACAAGUGGUAUCUGGAAAACAGAAAGCUGCUGCGCGUCAAAGGGAAAGGCAAUGGUGACCCUAGCGAUCGCGCUGCACGCCACGCGCAACGGCAGAGGAAUAAGGCGAAGAUGACGGCGGAGGUGUAUGAAGCGUCGCAGUAUCGGCCGUUGGCUAUGUGCUAUGUGCCUGCUUAUUUGGGGUAUGGUGAGCUGGCUGGAGACGGUGUGGCGAAGAAGUGUUUGGAGAACUUGUUCUUCGUUAGGUUUCCUGGGUGCGAUGUACCACAUUAUUACUUCUGGGCGAGGGAGGGGGAGUGGGGCGAUCCUACGGUGGUGAAUCCGGCGUGGAGUGCUCAACAGUGGAAAGAGAAGGGCACUAUGGGCAUGGAAGAGAACGGGAAGAAAGGGGAAGGAUCGAGAAGAAGUCGGCCUGCUGGAACGCAGUUGGUGCGCGUCCGCAGGUCAUCUAUUGACCUUCCAUCCUGUCCACCAUUCCCGAAUCCAACAACCAUCACCGAAACCAUCUCACUAAUCGAGCACCAAAUCUACCGAAACGGCCUAACCGGAACCCUCACGCGCUACCGUCACAAGUGGGCUGCAAAUGGGAAACAACGUGCCUGGCAGACCUUCGCCGCAGCAUUGCCAAAGCUAUGGCCUAGUGGCGAGAUACCAAGUGUUCCACCCGUGCGUAGCGAACCUGGCGUGAAGCUUUCGGUUAAACUGGCUACGAUCGAUUGCUUGAAGGAAUAUGGCCAAACGCCGUUCAGUCCGUUGAAUGGGACUGAGGCGUGGACGAGGGAUGAUGAUCGGGUAUGGAGUGUGGUGGAGGUGGGUGUCGAGGAAGAGCUCGUGUCACCUGUCGCUUCGACCGAAGAAGACGAGGAUGAAGAUGAGGGCAAGGAUAGAGAAGAGGAGGCUGGUGAAAAUAUGGAAGACGAGGGCAACGAGGCAGACGAUGAGGCGUUGUAUCGCCGCGAUAGCGUUAUUUCCGUUCUGGAUUUCAUUGUGUCAGAUUCAGUUGUGGCUUGGCUAGAACAUGUCGAGGAUAGGUUUACGGUGUCGCCUACGCUAAGCGAACCGCUUUAUAGACAGACAGAGCUACGCGAGAGGGAAGAAAGACACCUGCUAGGUAGCAACAACUCGAGCGGUGGUCUUGCGGUCGUCGACGGCUUGUACUCGUUCUGCUACACACUGUAG